AUGACUCUUGAUACUGUGUUUUGGAUCGCUUCCUGCACAAAACUGCUCUGUACAAUUGCGUGUAUGCAAGCAGUCGAGCAAGGUCAACUGAGUCUCGAUGAUGCGAAACAGGUCCAUUACCUAUGCCCAGAACUGAACCACAAGAAAGUGCUGCAACCAGAUGGAAAACUCGUCGAUCGUAAAAACGACAUCACACUUCGUAUGCUACUCAGCCACACAGCCGGAUUUGGAUACGAGUUUUUCAAUGAGAGGCUGCGUGAACAUGGUCGUCCCGUUGGAUAUGACGUUUUCCACGCUGAUGUGCGUGAUAUUCUCCGAAUGCCUUUGGUACAUCAGCCUGGCGAGGCAUGGGAAUAUGGCACGAACAUCGAUUGGGCCGGCAUAGUCCUAGAACGUGCAACCGGUAUUCGACUAAACGACUGGAUCCAAAGUAACAUCACCAAACCUUUGGGACUCGAAAAUGUCAAUAUGUUCCCCACGCCAGAAAUGAAGCGCGAGCUGGCUUCGAUGCACCAGAGAUGGCCUGGAGACCCCUCAAAGAAGGCCGAAGAGCGAGAUCAUCUGUAUCGUGAACCAAUUUUGGCCCAGACAGCCGAGGAUAGGGAGAGGCUCUUCCACAGUGGAGGGGCCGGAUGCUUUGCUAAGCCAACAGAAUACGUCCAAGUUCUGGCAGCUUUGCUCAACGAUGGAGAAAGCCCGAUUACUGGCGCUCGCAUCCUGGAGAAGGAAACUGUUGAGCAGAUGUGGGAGAAUCAGAUUCCGCAUCUUCCAGACUUUGCCAGACAAGGUAUUCCCGAUGCGAAGCGAGACCAGACCAACCCGACGGCGGAGCUCUACCCACAAGACGGAAAUCCCCCACAAGGAUGGGGUUUGAGUUUCAUGUUGACCCAGGAGCCUGGUGGUACCGGAAGGGGCAGGAAUACUGCUUGGUGGGCUGGCCUAGCAAAUCUGUUCUGGUGGUGUGAUCGAGAGAAAGGUGUUGCUGGUAUGAUUGCCAGUCAGAUGCUUCCUUUCUUGGACCCGGCCAUUGUUGGUCAGUGGGUUGCCUGUGAAUCUGCUGUAUAUGCAGCAACAACAUGA